AUAGAGGGAUGUCCUCCACUAUAUCAAGUUUAAACAGCCUGUUCUCCUUCACAAGUCCUGCUGUUAAACGUCUUCUAGGAUGGAAACAGGGUGACGAGGAGGAAAAAUGGGCAGAGAAGGCUGUUGACUCACUUGUGAAAAAACUUAAAAAGAAGAAAGGGGCUUUAGAAGAUCUCGAGAAAGCUUUAAGCUGUCCGGGACAGCAAAGCAAAUGUGUAACAAUUCCUAGGUCUCUGGAUGGUAGGUUGCAGGUAUCUCAUAGGAAAGGUUUGCCUCAUGUAAUCUACUGUCGUGUGUGGCGUUGGCCAGAUUUACAAAGUCACCAUGAGCUUAAAGCCCUUGAUUGUUGCGAGUUUCCAUUUAAUGCAAAACACAAAGAAGUGUGUAUAAAUCCGUACCACUACAAAAGAGUUGAAAGUCCAGUACUGCCCCCAGUUCUAGUCCCACGAUACAGCGAGUUUCCAGCAGGUCACAACCCAUCGAUGCCCCCAUUUCAAGCAGUACCAGAACCAUCAAUGCCACACAAUGUCACAUACCCAAACAACUUCCAUACUGGCCCAACAUCCCCAGCCAGUUCUGGACCUGGCAGCCCAUAUGGAGGUGUACCGGCAGAUACACCGCCUCCGGCUUACCAAGUUCACGAUGACAACAGCCCACCAAGCAGCCAGAGCCGGGGUCAACAGCCCAUGGAUACAAGCAUGCCCCCUCCACCAGUUCCCCCACCUACAGUCAAUAUACCAAUGAGUGAUAAAUAUCCAGCUCAUAUGCAACCAGUGACCUAUCAAGAGCCACAAUACUGGUGUUCUAUUGUAUACUACGAAUUAAACAACAGGGUAGGAGAGGCUUUCCAUGCCUCACAAACGAGUAUAGUUGUUGAUGGUUUCACAGACCCCUCCAAUAAUGCAGACAGGUUCUGUCUUGGUCUAUUGUCCAAUGUAAACAGAAACUCUACUAUAGAAAACACAAGAAGACAUAUAAGCAAAGGUGUUCAUCUAUAUUAUGUUGGUGGUGAAGUGUUUGCCGAAUGUCUCAGUGACAGCUCUAUAUUUGUACAGAGCAGGAACUGUAAUUAUCACCAUGGUUUUCAUCCCACCACAGUGUGUAAGAUUCCACCAGGCUGCAGUCUGAAGAUCUUUAAUAAUCAGGAAUUCGCGGCACUUCUCAGUCAAAGCGUGAAUCAUGGAUUUGAGGCUGUGUACGAACUUACAAAGAUGUGCACUAUUCGUAUGAGUUUCGUUAAAGGCUGGGGAGCAGAAUAUCAUCGCCAGGAUGUAACCAGCACACCAUGUUGGAUAGAGAUACAUCUGAAUGGUCCGUUACAGUGGUUAGAUAAAGUUCUCACUCAGAUGGGCUCACCCCAUAAUGCAAUAUCAUCUGUAUCAUGAUUCUUUCUAUUCACAUAAGUUAAACAUUCAGAUCAAACUAUGACAUACAAUCAAAACCAGGAUAUAGCUGCUAUAUGUAUGCUAAAAAAAAGAGAAAUAAUUCUGGAUGUACAGAUAAAAUGUUUUUAUCUUUUCUCCUUGAAAAUGAGUAUAUGAACAUUUUAUAUGUUGAACCUUUCAUUCAAGAGUUAUUUCAGAAAUCUGAAUGCAAAAAGAUCUGUUUUAAUUCAUUUUCAUCAGAUAUAUAUACAAGUGUCAUUAAUUUUAAGAGAAAAUAUGCCACCCAAAACAAAAUAUAGUGAAACAGGGUUUGGUUUUGAUGUAUACAAAGAGAAUUCUUUGUGUAUAUUCAAACCAGUGUUUGGUCUAUGACAAAGCUUUUUUUUUUAAAAAUGUUGUAAUGUUUACCUGUGAGGAAUGGGUGCUUUAUGUAUUACGAUUUCAAUAUUCAUAUUGUUAAAAAAAAAUCCAUGAUAUCAUUGUCUACAUUGUAUGUCCUACAUGGUUUUGUAUGUGUAUAUGUCCAUAGUCUGGAAAAAAAACUGUCAUUUUAUGCUUGCAGGGCCAAAACACCAUU